UACCUUCCCUGCCCUUACGCUCUUUUUGCCUCUCUCACGAGCACACACUCACCCGCCGCUACGUCUCCUCCUAGCUCCGCCGCACAAUUCCACCACCACCAUGGGUCGCGUCCGCACAAAGACAGUGAAGAAAUCCUCCCGCCAGGUGAUCGAGCGCUACUACUCGCGCAUGACCCUGGACUUCCACACCAACAAGAAGAUCCUCGAGGAAGUCGCCAUCAUCCCCUCCAAGCGCCUCCGCAACAAGAUUGCCGGAUUCUCCACCCACCUCAUGAAGCGGAUCCAGAAGGGCCCGGUUCGUGGCAUUUCCCUGAAGCUGCAGGAGGAGGAGCGCGAGCGCCGCAUGGACUUUGUCCCCGAGGAGUCUGCCAUCAAGAUCGACGAGAUCUCCGUCGACAAGGAGACCCUCGACAUGCUCUCCGCUCUCGGUAUGGCUGACAUGCCUGGUGUCAAGCGGGUCGACCCGGAAGCUCAGACUCAGAAUCUCGGGUACGGGCGUGGUGCACCCAGGAGGUACUAAACCGGAGAAUGAUAGGGUUUUGAUGCUAUAUUACAUUUGGUUUUUGAAUUAGGAAGAAGUUUGUUGUGUGUUUAAAUUUACUGUGGAAGUAAUGCGUGUGACAUUUUUGUUAUGGGAUUAUGUCAAAUUUGCAUUUAGAAUGGAAAAUGUUGCAUUUUAUUGAA